GCCGUCGACCAGCCAUGACGGCCGAGACGCUCAUCGCCGACAGUGACGUCAAGCCGAACGAGACCUACGGUCGCCGGGACAUGCGGUUCGUGUUUCUCUUGAACGGGUUGUUGCCGCUUCUUAUCUACUCGGUCGCGGUCAAGUACACGUCGGAAGUGAACGCGAUGGUGCUGCACUCGAUCCCACCGAUCCUCAAGGGCCUCUACGAGAUCUCGUCACAAGGCCAAGCAGAUUUCAUCUCGUCGCUUCAAGUCAUCUCGACGAUCGUGUGCAUCGUGCUCAUGGAGAUCUUCGAGGACCCGAAAGUGAUUUUACUCAAGGACUCGAUCCUGCUGCUCUGCAUUGCGUUCGGGUACUUUGUGGCGUUCUAUAACGACGAGUGGAACCUCCUCUGGCGCAUCUACCGCCUCCUCGCCGAGACGUCCGUCGACGAAAAGCACGCGCUCGACCUCAAGUGGAGUCGGCCGCAUAUUCGCCGCCGCUUCCAACGUCUCGCGGGGCUCUGGGGCACGAUCCUCGUGCUGGAAAACAGCGCCAAGGUCGCGCUCAUUCUCGUGUACCCCGUCGGCACCAUGAUCUUUGUGUUGCCGCUGAUGGGCAUGGCGUUUGGCGGGUCGCUCACCUUGGGCACGUACUGCUACCUCAAGAUGAAGGACCGCGAAGACAGCUUGCGCGCCGAGACGAUGCCACUCGUCUGAGACCAAGUCUAAACCCCGUGGCUGUGUCUGUGUACUAAUACUAAUCAAUAAUGAUGUUGACGACAACGAUUCACUGG